GCGCUGUUCAAGGCUAACCGGGUGGAGAAGGCUGUGGCCGCGGCCUACACCUUCCUCCAGAAGAACCCGAAGCACGAGCUGACCGCCAAGUAUCUCAACUACUACCGGGGGAUGCUCGACGUCGCCGAAGAGUCCCUCACGGACCUAGAGGCUCAGCCCUACGAGGCCGUGUUCCUCCGGGCCGUGAAGCUCUACAACAGCGGGGAUUUCCGCAGCAGCACCGAGGACAUGGAGCGGGCCCUGGCCGAGUACCUGGCAGUCUUUGCCCGGUGUCUGGCCGGCUGCGAGGGGGCCCACGAGCAGGUGGACUUCAAAGACUUCUAUCCAGCUAUAGCAGAUCUCUUUGCAGAGUCCCUGCAGUGCCAGGUGGACUGUGAGGCCAAUCUGACCCCCAAUGUGGGUGGCUACUUCGUGGACAAGUUCGUGGCCACCAUGUAUCAUUACCUGCAGUUUGCCUACUACAAGUUGAACGACGUGCGUCAGGCUGCCCGUAGUGCCGCCAGCUACAUGCUCUUCGACCCCCAGGACAGUGUCAUGCAGCAGAACCUGGUGUACUAUCGCUUCCACCGGGCUCGCUGGGGCCUGCAGGAGGAGGACUUCCAGCCCCGGGAGGAGGCCGUGCUGUACCACAACCAGACUGCUGAGCUGCGGGAGCUGCUGGAGUUCACGCACAUGUACCUGCAGUCAGAUGACGAGAUGGAGCUGGAGGAGUCAGAACCACCCACAGAGCCUGAGGAUCUCCCAUCUGACGCCGAGUUCGAGGGGGAAGGUGACUACGAGGAGGGUAUCUUUGCCAACUGGUGGCAAGAACCAGAUGCCAAAGGAGACGAGGCCGAGGCUGAGCCAGAGCCUGAACUGGCAUGAAAAGGGGGCGACCUGCAUCCCUCAAGAGCUUGGGAAGCCUGGGCCCAGUGGCACCACUCUCACCAGCCUGGGCAGCAGCAAGAACUAUUUAUUAAAAACUUAAAAUGGG